AUGGCCAAAGGAGGCAAGCUCAUGAGACUAAAGUCAGUCCUCAAGAAACUCAACUCCUUCAACAACAAGCAGCAAAGCCUCCCCAGUAGGAGUGGAAGCUCCAUAUCCAUCACCAAUGAUGACAUCUCCUCCACCUACUCCUGCGGUGACCUCCACCCGGUCUACGUAGGAAAAUCUCGUCGACGCUAUCUCAUAAGCUCCGAUAUCAUUGACCAUCCACUGUUUCGUGAGCUUGCAGAGAGGUCUAGUACUGAAGAAUCCUCUGAUACUAUUAAUGUCGCCUGCGAGGUGGUUUUGUUCGAGCACUUGCUUUGGAUGUUGGAGAAUGCUGACCCACAACCUGAGUCUCUUGACGAGCUCGUUGAAUUCUAUGCUUGUUGA